CAGCUUCCCUCCUACAGCCUCCCUAUUGCAACCUCCCUCCCGCAGCCUCCCUAUUGCAACCUCCCUCCGACAGCCUCCCUCCUGCAACUUCCCUCCUGCGACUCCCGUCCUGCAGCCUGCCUCCUGUAACUCCCCUCCUACAGCCUCCCUAUUGCAACCUCCCCCCUGCAGCUUCCCUCCUACAGCCUCCCUCUUGCAACCUCCCCCCUGCAGCUUCCCUCCUACAGUCUCCCUAUUGCAACCUCCCCCCUGCAGCUUCCCUCCUACAGCCUCCCUAUUGCAACCUCCCUCCUGCAGCUCCCCUCCUACAGCCUCCCUCCCGCAACUCCCCUCCUGCAACCUCCCUCCCGCAACUCCCCUCCUGCAGCCUCCCUAUUGCAACCUCCCUCCCGCAGCCUCCCUCCUGCAACUUCCCUCCUAAAGCCUCCCUCCUGCAACUUCCCUCCCGCAGCUUCCCACCUUCAACCUCCCUAUUGCAACCUCCCACCUGCAGCCUCCCUCCUGCAACCUCCCCCUUGCAACCUCCCUAUUGCAACUUCUCUCCCGCAACCUUCCCCCUGCAGCUCCCCUCUUGCAACCUUCCCUCCCGCAGUUUCCCUCCCGCAGCCUCCCUAUUGCAACUUCUCUCCCGCAGCCUUCCCGCUGCACCUUCCCACCUGCAGCCUCCCUCCUGCGGCCUCCCUCUUGCAGCCUCCGGCAUGGACUGGUUUUGGAGCUUAGUGGUCGCCUCCUCGCUCGUCCUGGAAGCUGCCGGAGACUUCGACGGCAGGUGGCCCAGGCAAAUGGUGACCUCCAUUGGACUCUGUCGCUAUGGGAGUCGAAUUGACUGCUGCUGGGGUUGGGCGCGCCAGUCGUGGGGACAGUGUCAGCCUUUCUACGUCUUAAGGCAGAGAAUAGCCAGGAUAAGGUGCCAGCUCAAAGCCAUAUGCCAACCUAGAUGUAAACAUGGUGAAUGUAUAGGACCAAAUAAAUGCAAGUGUCACCCUGGUUACACGGGAAAAACCUGCAACCAAGAGGAACACCUUUCUCCAAUCCCUCUUCACCAGUUCAGUGGCCAGCUUCCUUUCUACCCCCUGGAUCGUCACGCCACGAGUUUCCCAUCAAGGGAUCUGAACGAAUGUGGACUAAAGCCCCGUCCGUGCAAAUACCGGUGCAUGAAUACUUACGGCAGCUACAAGUGCUACUGUUUAAACGGAUAUAUGCUUAUGCCUGAUGGCUCGUGUUCAGGUGCCCUGUCUUGUUCCAUGGCAAACUGUCAGUACGGCUGUGACGUCGUGAAAGGCGAGGUGCGAUGUCAUUGUCCUUCCCCGGGAUUGCAGCUGAGCCCCGACGGGCGGACCUGCAUGGAUGUGGAUGAAUGUACUACCGGAAGAGCUUCAUGUCCUAGAUUUAGGCAAUGUGUCAACACUUUUGGAAGCUAUAUCUGCAAGUGCCACAAAGGCUUCAACCUCAUGUAUAUUGGAGGCAAAUACCAGUGCCACGACAUAGACGAGUGCUCCGUCGGCCAAUAUCAGUGUGGUGGUUUUGCCCGAUGUUAUAAUACACACGGAUCCUAUAAGUGUAAAUGUAAAGACGGAUACCAGUGGGAUGGCAUGAAUUGCCUAUAUAUUCCAAAAGUUAUGAUUGAUCCUUCGGGGCCGGGUCCCAACGGAGGACACAUUAAUGGGAUUCCUGAUAUCGGAGGGACUCGUUGGCCUCCGAAGACACCGUAUAUCCCACCGCGUACCCCUACUGUCAUCACUGCCAGGCCUACGCUAAGGCCGACACCAAAACCAACCACGAGACUUACACCCGCCCCUGCAACAAAACCUGAGCUUACUACAGCUUUGACAACUCCGCCACCUCCAACAACCACGGCCACGACAACAGAAGCUCCCAAAAUGACCACGACAGACUCUUCCAUUGUACUGGAAAUACCAGUUGAAACUACACCUCCCGGAGAGAUUACCGUUGACAACAGAAUUCAGAUAGAGCCUCAGAAACCCAGAGGGGAUGUGUUUAUUCCACGUCAUCCUGGAGUGAACAACGAUCUGUUUGAAAUGUUUGAAAUCGAAAGAGGAAUUAGUGCAGAUGAUGAAGUAAAGGAUGAUCCAGGCGUUCUGAUUCACAGCUGUAACUUUGACCAUGGUCUUUGUGGAUGGAUCAGGGAAAAAGAAGAUGACCUGCACUGGGAACCCGUCAGGGAUUCGACAGGUGGACACUAUCUGACCAUCUCAGCACCUAAGAGUCCAGGGGGGAGAGUGGCCCGCCUGGUGCUUUCUCUCGGCCACCUGAGGCAUCGGGGGAAAUUGUGCCUUUCCUUCCGGCACAAGGUAUCCGGGCUGCACUCCGGUGUGCUCCAGGUGUUUGUGAGAAAACACGGCACCCACGGAGCGGCCCUGUGGGGUAGAAACGGAGGCCACGGCUGGAGGCAAACACAGAUUACCUUGCAAGGCUCAGAUAUGAAGAGCGUCAUCUUCAAAGGUGAAAAGAGGCACGGGCAUUCGGGGGAGAUUGGAUUGGACGAUGUGAGCUUGAGAAGAGGUCACUGUUCUGAAGAACCUUAGAACCUGAGAACUAGAGGAAGAAGAGCCACUUUGUUCCUUUCCCUCUCCCCUCAGCUACUUCCCGUCCUCCCCUUCACCACACCUAGAAGAUGGCUCUGGUUUACCUAAGGGUUCAGUUGGUUAUUCACGUCUGGUUUGAUUGUGUAGUGCCAUCCCAGUGAACAGGGAAAGCCCCCUGGAAACCACAAGGACAUUGAUACUUCAAAUCAGCAAUGGAUCCCCAUCAAUCUCAGCUUCAGGCCAGUGUGUACAUAUGUGUGUGUGAGAGAGAGAGACAACCAACCUCCUUCAGUGGAACUGCAGAAUGAACUGCGAAGUAAAAGAGCAAAGUUAUAGAAACGUUCAAAAUAUCCAGUGCAUUGGCCAAUUUACUAAGCGUUCAGUAGGAACCCGGUUGUAUCCGUUUCACGGAUGAUCUGAGGUAAUUGUAGGGUCAGUCCCUGUUCCUCAUUUUAAGCCAGUAACAGCCUGGACCUGAACCUUGGCUCUUAACUGCCAUUUUACCUUUUAAAAGAAGGGUGUGUAACAUAGCUGCAUUUAGUCUUACAUUGUAUCCAUUUUAAAAAGGCAGUGCUGUAGAUUAGGAACUGCAUCUCUUAAUAUCAGUAGUGUGGUGUUUAGUGGAGAUUUGUCAUGGAUAGUAUGUAUUUGUAGUGCAAGAUGCAAUGUCUCAGAUACAUAUGUAAAAUCCCGCUUCAGGCUUUGAUUCGGUGUUGACGAGGCUAAGUAAGGGUGGUCAUUUUGUUGAAAUAGUACUGGUUAUAAGACUUCGUAUUGAGAGUAGCAACGAUUGCUGUAUAGAUACGAGCACACAUAUGCACAUCUAGUUCAUAAACUCAGUUUUCUGUGACAACUUAAAUGUCCACCAUCCUCAUCACUGCUUGAGCCAGUUUAAAAAGACACCAAACUGCCUUUUGGGGAAUCUUUUAGCACCUUGUAUAGGGGAAUCAAGGAGCUGGUUUAUAAAAAUUAUUUCCCCACAGGGAAGACUGUGGCCAAGACAAGUCUGUUGACAUAUUUAGAGCAGUUAUAUUAGCAGUUUAUUUUUUUUUAAUAUAAAAUUGGACCAGUGGUGUAAAAAUCACCACUUGGGUGAUAGAAACAUAUUGAACGUUAGAAACAAAAGGCACAGGAAGCGAGGAGGUGUUGAUUAAAAAACUGCCUAUAAAAACAAAUUCACUUUCGGCAUGAAUUCUUCUAUCAAAUGUGUUCAUGUUUCCAGAAAUCCCAAGACUAGUCUUCCUCUGCCUUUCCUCCCCACCAGAACCCAGGCCACGAGGUGACUAUAUGGAGACUUCAGGCCAGUGAAUUCUCCGGAGCUGCUGGGACAAAAAGGAGUCAUUUUUUCUCCUCAUUCUGACCUAUGGGUGGGUCAUUUAGGACAGGCCUAAAGAGAUUCUGCAUUUUGAAGCCAAAGUGCCCAAGGUUUUAAAAUCUUUGCCACUUUGCUGCAGAAUGCCAUUCUCAUGUUUGCCAGUGUAGAGUGGGCAGCAGAUGGUGAAGGCAAACACAGUGGAAGUUGAAGAGGAGCGCGCCUAACUCUUUCUGCCUGAUAGAGUUGGCAUCCAUUGCUAAUAGUGUAAGCAUGGUAGGGGGAGAGAAAGGGUUUCCUUGGCUUUAGGCCUCCUGCAACCUGGAAUGAACACUAAUCACACUCUUUGUGGUGAUGUGUGGGAGUUAAUGAGCAGCACUACCUAAAGCAGAUUGUAGAUUUAAUCAAUUCCAAACCAUAUUUACCCAGCACAUUGCCCCCUUAAUUUUUAGAGUACAUUUGCUUCAAUUUCCCCUGAAGUAAAAUGGUUCUAUCUUUCAAGACACAUCCCUGAGACGUAAAUCGACAAUUGUGACAGAAAUCACAAGAUUACCAGGAUCACAAAGACCAUCAGAGGACUGGAAAAGGUAGAGGGAAAAGAACAAGGGUUAUCCAUGGAAGGUUGAGGG